AUAUAGGUAAGCUGUGACGACCGGCAACGCGGCUGCCGAUGCCGGCGUUCUCGUCGCGCGCCGUGCUGAUGUACAGCGCGGCGGUCGGCGGCGAGGGCGUGGCACUGCAGCUGCGGGAGGCCACGCCGGCCGAGAUUGACGAGCGGCUCGCCAUCGCCUGCCACGAACCCGAGCUGCUCGCCGACCUACUACACGCCGCUGCUGAUAUAGACGAUUGUACAACAUCAUCAUCGUCGAGCCUCAGCGGCAUCACCAGGGUAUCGGUGGCGGUAACGGGCAUAGAACGGCCAUUGGCAAAGAAGGUCCGACCUAAACCAGCUUCGCCUAAUCGACAGGGACCUCAGCAAUGUCAAGUAUGCAACAAGGUGUUCGGGAACGCAUCCGCUCUUGCGAAACACAAACUAACGCACAGCGACGAGCGGAAAUACGUGUGCAUCACUUGUGCAAAGGCAUUCAAGAGGCAGGACCAUCUGAAUGGGCAUAUGCUCACGCAUCGGAACAAGAAACCGUACGAGUGCAAAGCUGAUGGUUGCGGAAAGUCGUACUGCGACGCGAGGUCUUUGCGACGGCAUACUGAAAACCACCAUCAACCCCCGCCUGAAACAAAAACUGCAAGCACAACGGAACCAGCCGACCGAGACGCAAGUUCCUCGCGACUCUCUUCCCCUACAUCACCGUCACGCACCAGUUCCACGAAUUCUGAUUCGAGCAAUGGUUCAGACAAGAGCGGCCCACAUUCGGGGGACAAUAGCCCGCCCCGCACGCCGCCCGCACCGCCCACGCCGCCCGCCCGCCCUAAGCCUAGCAAAGCAAGCAGUAGCAAACCCAAGUCCAACUCUAAUACGCAGCAGAGCAGCCCAAAAUGUGGGAGCGGUGGCAGUGCGAGCGGGCCGAGCAACGCCGCCGCCGGAGCGGGGCCGGCUCGCGGCAACGACGCGAAGCAAGUUGAGUGCAACCUGUGUCAUCGCAAGUUCAAAAACAUUCCUGCACUCAACGGUCACAUGCGUUUACACGGUGGAUAUUUUAAAAAGGACUCGGACAGCAAGAAAUUAGAUAAAAAAGAGUCAACGGGGCCACCAUUACAAACAGCUUCUGUAUCCGUAAGAGCAUUGAUUGAGGAAAAAAUUAUAAGCCGCCGAGGUGCUACCGUGACGUCAUCACCGUCCAUAGGUACAAAUACAGAUAUUACCGUCACGUCUCGUUCGGGAUUUAUUGCCCCAGCUCCACCGCCUUUGUCAACUAUUAAGACUUCUGGUACAACAGCGACAACAAUUUCUCCAUCUACCCAAUUCGUUUCACCACGAGCACCACCUGUUGUUCCAAACGUUACUGUGACUACAUCUGGAGGCGUUGGUGGACCAAGGGAUUCCACGCUAAUAGAGUUAUUAAAAAAAGGUAGUUCAAAGGUUGUAAAGCGGUCCGCAUCAGACCCAGGUCAAGCUUCACCUCCCCAAGAUUUCACAUUUAGGCCGGAAUUAUUUGGAGUAUCGUUUAAUUCUGACGACGGAUAUUUUUCUCCUGCCUUAAACGAAGACACGUUUCAAUUCACCACAACAUCUGACCAACUAGAUGAGCUAGCGUCCUUAGAAGAUUAUGCAACUGUAGCCGCAUCGAUACGAGAAAGAUCACCUGUUACAUACCCGUCCAGUAGAAGACUCGCUGCCGUAUUGAACUCGCCACUUCCGGAGUCUUUGGCCGAUUUUGGUGCCUGUCAUGGUGGUUCUCCCGUACCAUCCCCAGGUAUCGGGUAUAGUGAAAGCUCUCCAGGACUUUCCUAUACAACAGGGGAUUCGCCCGGUUUAACAUAUGCGGCAUCAUCACCUAGUGGAAGUUAUUCAACACAACCAGUACCAUCACCAGGCCUAACUUACCCAACACCACCGGCAUCUCACGAUGCCCAUUCGCCUGCACACACGGUGCCGCGUGCAUCGUCACCGUUAUCAGCUGCCUUUUUUACGGCUACUAUGUCAAGUCAAGAAGAGGUUGAAGAGGCAUUGGAAGAAGUUCUUCCAGAAGAAUGUCGAUCACUUGACGCGUAUAUAUUAGAACCAUCUACUACUACACGAAGAAUAAUGCUUAAUUCUGAAGAUCCGUUAUUAUCAAGCAGUCCUAGAGAUUUCCCACAUCAACGUUCUGUUCGUCGACAACAUCGACUAUUAGCUCCUAUAACAACACCUUUACAGCAAUGGACUCACGAUAACACACUUCAGGUUUGUGUAGAAGGCCGUGACGCAUUGCCAGCGGUAUUUCUAAGCCCAAGUAGUGUGCCUGCGUCACCACAACGACGUAAAAGGCGUGCUUCUCCAGCGGGUCCUUACCGUUCGCGGAUGCGUCGAAUGGUUAGCCACUACACACCUCAACCAAUCCUCCCACCUGAUAGAGAAGGCCCCGGUUUAAUUAUGGAACUGUUAAACGAUCUGCAAACAGACGCAGAUGUACUGUCACAAUUGGAAGAGCCCCGUCUACCCCGCAUUAAUAUUGGAUCAGAUCAUCAAGCAGAUUUACCAGAACUAUGUCAUGACCGUAUCGAUCUUCAUCGAGCACCCGAACAGCUUUUAUGGGACCCUGGCAUCAACGAUGCACUUGAUGAUAACGAAGUUCGCAUGUUCAUGGAGCUAGCCAUGUGUGCCGCAAUGCCAGUCGGAGGACACACAAGAGAGUUCGCCUUGCAAACUCUGGGUGAAUGCGGGGGCGAUAUUCGAGCUGCCACCUUACGCCUUAUGUCCCGUCCUGCUGCACCUUCACAACAUGAGUCUCGUUGGACACCAGACGAAGUAGAAGCCUUCUUGGCCGGGCUAAGUCAGUACGAUAAGGACUUCUUUAGAAUCUCACAAAUGGUUAGAACAAAGGACUCCAAACAAUGUGUGCAGUUCUAUUACUUUUGGAAGAAAGUAACUAAAGACUACAAAACUUUGUACUUACGAAGUUGGCACGACUCACAAGCAAACCAAGGCUCGGUAGGGCAGAAUUCAUCAAUCGCGUCGACAACGUGCUCGUCACCACCGACCCCAUACGAAGGAGAAGAGUUUCCCUGCAAGAUCUGCGGGAAAGUAUUUAACAAAGUAAAAAGUCGUAGCGCACACAUGAAGUCGCACCGGCCACUCGACGCCGAGCCGAAAAGGCCUAAACUCGAAAAGCCUUAUGAAAAGGUCGAGCGAUGUGACGACAGAUCACAAGCGACUGCUGAAUUCCAAAGCAAACCGCCCGCACAGUAAUUACUUCUAGCUCACUCAUUCCGCUCGCGCGUCGUGCUGUGCUUCUUGCGACUAAUCAUCGUAAUCUGUUAAAUGUUGAAUCACAUUGGCCUAACAAUAUAUACGAGUCGAACCUGUCCGUUCCAUCGCAAUCGCUUAUGGCGUGCGCCGUACUCGCCCGCCUUCACUCGCACCACGCCCGACUUUUUGUAAUAACGAAUGUCUAGAUACAAAUUCAAAAAAUGCUAACCGUAUGAGCAUUUAUUAUGGUUACAAAAUAGUUUUAUAGAUUAAAAUGAAAGUGACUUAGACGAAGCAAACUAGUAAAUAGUAGCUAGAGAGAUUAGAUCUUGGGUAAAUAAACGAAACUUUACUAAAAAAAAAUAGGUAUUUCGAAAAUUUCAUAUAAGGCUAAGCUACAUGAGAUCGCGUAAAAAUAUUUUGUAUAACGAUUGAUAAAUAAAUAAUAAUUAAUUAUAGGUAGGUAAGGCCUUCGUAAAGUUUUUAUAUGACAGACUUCUCAAUGUGACUUUGCAAGUGUGAUGUUGUAAAUAAAUCAAUAGUUCUUGAAGCUACGGUUCAGAUCGGCGGGCAGCUUAUCGAGAUAAUAUUAAUCUAUAUUUCUAUUACAUUACAACUACGUGUGAUACAUUAAACGUAGCUCGUGUAGUAACUACACUACCUCUAUUGAAUUGUUCGUUUUUAUUGCGAGCCCAGCUCACUAUUUAUUACAUUAGCUUGUUUGCUCAUUCUCUUGUUGUUAUUUUGUAGACAAUAUUUUUUGUUUAUUUUUAUUUUUCUAGUCAUACUAGAUAAAUAUAUGGGAGGCGUACUUGAAAUGCGCGAAUGUUUUAGACUUAAAUAUAAUUUAAGAGAACGGAAUUCAAUUCGUUAUCCGUACCGUAAAUUAGUGACAUAUCGACGCAGUUUUAGAAAAAUAUUGACAAAAGAAUAAUAUUGAUAGCCGCGCGUCUGUGAAUGUUUCGUCAAAUUUAUUACAGACCUAUCUAAAAAAAUAUUAAUUGCGAGUAUUUAAUUAAUCAUUUUGUUAUUUGGAUUAAAUCUUCAUUUGGUAAGAAUGAAUCAAGUGCCACAUAAAAAUACAUUAAUUAAUUUUUGCAAUUUCUUUUAACACAGGUCUUAAACAAUUGUAUCUUGAAAGAUUGACGCAGCAUCAUUAUUUUUUCCAUUAAAUUACUUAUUAUAAAAAUAUAUUUGAUCCACAUUCACAGAUGCUGCCGAAUUAAAUAAAAAUAACAGUAUUUUUUUACACAAAUAUUAUCAAAAUGCUCAAAGUACCUAUAUACUUAACUAUAUUUUAUGUUGGUAAUUUUAUUAAGUAUAUUAUGUAGUUCCUUGUUGUUGAUUGCUCUGCGGUAUCUUGUUUAUUAAUAAAUAAUUGAUACUCGAUGUGUACUUACUUAAUUUUCGAAAGUACAUUAUUUUUAAUGAAUGUAAAUUGUAUGUACUUAACUAAUUGUAUGCAAAGAUUUAAAUCCGUGAUAUGUGCUGACACGAAAAACUGACAUCUUUUUCUAUUCUACUUGAUAACUAUGAAUAGGUAGGUACAUUUUGCACACUUGUAACGGUGUAUUUACACAUUCGCAAAAGAGGGCGUACCUAGUAGCAACCGAGAAGCGGAACAAGUAGUUCAAUCUGAAAUUGCAACAUGGCGGAUCGCGCAAGCCAUAAAUUAAAAUCUGUUUUUGUACAAUGCGCAAUCAUACGCCUAGAUACAGAAUGAACUUGAAUUCCAGCCUCGCCUUGCAAUCACUUAGUGGCAACAUCAUGUGCGACAUACGAGUAGCGUGCGGCGCGAUGCGUUCGAUUGCGAAUAAUAUGUAAAUACAGGGUAAUAGUGGGCGAUAACGAAUCUAACGAUUUAAAUCUUUGGCUUUAUGUACGUGUACCUUAUACGUGUUGUGAUAAUAUGUAAUGUUUAUUGUUUUAAAUAAAUCGGUGUAUUAUUUAAAUAGAAUGUACAAAUCGAGCAAUAAACUGUUGCUCAAUUUAUAUAACGAAUCUGCCAGUUAUUGGAAAUUUCUGCUGCCAAUAUCGGAACCCAUUAAACUUAAUAAACGUAUUCUACGGUUGUGAAGUUUCUUAAUCAGUAGUUAUGUAUUAAGAACGCAUUAAAUGCCAAAAAUUGGUAUAAAUAGGCUUGUACACCACCAUACAACCAUUGUGCCAAAUGGUGGAAUUUCACUUGGUCAUCAGCCCGAAUUUGAGUUACCAAAUAAAGGUCUUCACACGAAUUCGGGCACCCAACACGUUCUUUAGAUACACUGUCAGCCAUGUAGGUAGGUACCAAUUAUUGUGUUACGUUAACCCCCUGUAUUAGAUUCCAAUUCGACAUUGUUGAUUUACACUAGAUCAUUGUCUCUUAUUCAAAGGCCUGAGAAUUUUAAUAAGACCAAAUGUAAUUCCACCAAAAUCAUAUUAUUAAUAAAAUAAAAAUCGGUUUACGCGUGUCAUAAGUUACUAAUACAUAAUUCCUGAAUAUACUUAUUAUAGAGCACCGUUUAUUUGGACUUGCUACCUAAACUUCUCUACCAUUGACUAAGUACUAAGUAGGUAGAGAAAGAAGUUCUACUCAAUGGGUAGCAGGGUAGAUAAUAUAUAGCCUUUUUAUUUUAAUAUUGACGGAUAAAUAAUUCAUUUGCCGCGAAUCUUUCACUACAUUAGUAAGAAAUCAAUAUGGUUUUCUCAAAAUUCUUAAAGAGACCAAUAUUUGCAAUAGGGGGCAAAUUGUUUGGCGCUUAAUCCGUUUAUACAUAACUCUCGAAUUGACCUUCGUCUUCCGAUAUUAUUGCUAACUAGAUAUUUAUUUGGACAGUAUUCCUAGAAAAAGACAUGUUUGUAAUUUAAAUACCUAUAUAUUUAAAAUUUUACUGUUUUAAGUUAACCCUUAGGUUAAUUGCAUGAAACUCUAAGCAAACGCGUGUGGCACUUUAGGUGUUAGAGACGUAAAGGACAGAGGAUUUU